AACAGAAAAAAGCUUUGUGGGCAGAUCCACGGCGGAGGAAGUGUGACCGGACAUGCAGGAAUUCUGCUCUUUUUAAAUCUGCAGCUUGUUUUUAUUUCUGACACGGUCCGGUGAACUUGUUGAUGCUCGUUUGUUGCAUUCACUGACCCUGCCAGUUCAUGUAAAGAAGAACCACUGCAUGAUAAACCCAAGGAGGAAGCCUCUCUGGAGCACUGAUAUUUAGUGCCACAGUUUGGAUGUAACACCCAGAGGCCUCAGUAUUCGGACUUUGCUGUCUCUCGGGGCCUGUUUGUUGCAGAGCAGAGUGGGUAUCUGCACACUGAGCAGCGAUGGACCCGGCUACUUUCUGGCUGGACGAUGAGGAGCUGCUGCGGUUUUUCCACCGACAUAAAACAGAAAUGUCCUGCAUGGAGAACCCGCACACCUUUCUAAGCCAGCUCAGGGAUCACGACCUGGUCCCAGAGGACAGAUAUAAGAAGGUGAGUCGCAUGAAGAGUAAAGACAACUUGAAGAAAGGUCUUUAUGAGAUUCUGGAACGGUUGGAGAAGGACCGGCCUCAGCUCAUUAAAUUGUUCUGGACCUGCGUCUUCAAGGAGACCAUCAUGAACCAUUACCCCGCCCUGCGACUGAUGCGCAACAGCCUCAUGGACGGGUCUUUCCAUUUUGACAUGAAAGCGUCUGAGAAGACGGAAACAGAAGAGACGGAGGGAGGGAAAAGCAAGGAGCUUUCAGACGAUGAAGAGGGAGAGGAGCAGCAAGCAAAACCUGUGAAAAAGAAGAGAAAACGGAAAGUGUGCGGUGAUAAAGAGGAGCAGGCUGGUCCAUCAUCUAAGAUGACUCCAGUGAAAAAGUCCAAGAAGAUAAGCUUCUCUUCUCCUCGGAAAGGAGAGAAUAACGACAUUUGGACCUGGCCCCUCUAUAAGCUCCAGCUGCCUGUGACCUGUGGAGACCAGAAGGGCAUGCUGCACAGAGGCAGACUGGCUGCUGGGGAGAAGUGCAUUGUGGCCGACAAGCAGUGGUUUACGCCCAAUGAAUUCCAGAGAUUUGGGGGGAAGGAGAGCGCAAAGAACUGGAAGUUGAGCAUUCGAUGUAAGGGAACCCCGCUGGCAAAACUAAUACAGGAAGAUCACCUGAAAGUAGGACAGUACAAAGGAGGGUGUAAAAAUGUCAAGAGAUCUCUGUUCAGAACUGUUCAUUUAAUCACAGUAUCUGACGGAGAAGAAGAUGAAGAUGAAGAUGAAGAUGAGGACUCUGACCUGAACAAGGAAGACCAGGUUUCUUCAAGUAAAGAAAGUUUUAUAGAUGACUCAGAUGAAGAAGAAGAGACGGAGGAGCAGACAGAGCAGCAGCCAGGAGUCAGCCACGACAGCAAGAAGACGGUUUUCAAAAUUACGUGUGGAGCUUUAGCCGCCACCCUCCACAAGAAGCGCUUUGCAUCAGGAACCAAAGGGAAAAGUAUCCGUACUGAAACAAGCUGGAUGAGCCCAGUGGAGUUUGUAAAGGAGGCGUCUCUAUCCACAGAUGCCUCCUGGAGGAAAGACAUCCAGUGUGAAGGGGAACCACUCAGUGUCCUCAUAGAGGCAAAAAUCUUGGAUUUUCACUCUCUGCUGUGUGAUUGCAGUAUCUGCAAACCAGACAGUGAAGACCUGGAGAAUCAGAAAAACGAUGAUGAGUGUUGCACCUGUAAAGGUGAAGAUGAAGAAGAAGAGUUGGUGGAGUGUGAUCACUGCCCUCGCUCCUUCCACAAGAAAUGUCACCUGCCUCAUGUAGGAGACACCAUUUUAGGGGACAGCAGCCCAUGGAUGUGUACGUUCUGUGUAUUAAAAACCACUCAGGGGUAUCUUUACUUGGAUGAAGUGGAAAGAGAAGCAGCCAUGUCUCGCCAGAUAUCCCAACGCAUGCUGCAAUGCCAGUAUCUCCUUCUGCGUCUGUGCACUGCUGAUGAGGAACAAAUAUUUACUUCAAACCCGUGCCAAUAUCUGACAAACUACUCCAAAAUCAUCAAGACUCCGAUGUGGCUGGGUAAAAUAGCAGACAAACUCCAGAGUGAGCACUACAAGACUGUCAGAGAGUUUGAGUCUGACGUCCAGCUCGUUUUUACCAACUGCGCUUUAUACAACCGGAACAAUGCUGAAUUCCUCGCCAUGGGCAAGAAACUGAAGGAGUUAUUUGACAAAGAAUUGAAUAAUGUGUUCAACAUCAGAGAACAGACCGACUGCUGAACAGUGUUCAGUUUACAGACUCAGUAGCUACAAUGAAAGAAGUUUAAAGAAAUAUGUCAAUAGACUAUACUCGUAUGUGGUUAAAAUAUCACAAAAUAACUGCUAAUCAAGUGAAACCAAUGAAUUAAGUCAGACAAAAAUGAUCCAGUUUAACUUUUCGCAUGUCAAAAUUAAAUUUAGAAAAUGACUGUGUUAAAACAUAGAGACAAAGUCAAAUGUUUACACAUGAAAGUCUGGAGACUGCACCAGGCUUGACACAACAUGAAAUCUGAUUAACUGCCUCAAGUGACAUAGUUUGAGGUAGUUUAAGUGAUGUCACUUGGGGCAGCGACGGUUAGAGCUAAAAACAAAACAUUUGAAAAUAAAAUAAUAUGGACGUAUAGAGUUGAUCUUGUCAGACCUCUUGAGUCUGCUCCUGAUUAUUUUUUUUUUGUUGUAGAUUAAAAAAGACGAUAACUAACUGUUUUUUAACUCUCCAUCCUGACAGUGUUAUCGAAGUGCAAUGCUGUAGUUAUUGCAGUUUAAGUAAUAAUAAAUAGUAGCAUAAUAAUUCUUCAAGAAUGAAUUCAAAAAUACUUUUGUCCUAUUUUUUAUAUUAUAUUUAUAUAUGUUAUCCCAUUAAUUUUUUUUUCAGUGUGUCCCUUCAGAAUGACAGAAAUAACCCAAGGGUUAAUAUUUUGAUUUUAUUUUUUGUUUCAUGGAUGGCAAAUCAUUUUAUAUGAAUAUAAGUAUUCAUUUUCAGUAAAAAGUUUUAAAAAACAAAAAGGUUUCUCCCAAUAAUCUCUUUUUUUUUAACCGUGUGUGUUUUCUGAUGUAAAAUUCCAUUUUUAUUUUUCAUUUAAAAUGUAUUUAACUAGGGAAGGCCUCAUUGCGUCCUGGCCAAGACACUAGUAGAAUUUUUAAAAGUUUCAGACAUACUACAUGUUACAGAUUUCACAUCCGAGCAAGAGCGUACAAAAAAAGACUGGUAUGUUUCAAAAUGAAUGUAUUUAUUAAAAAGUCAGUAUUUGAUUGUAUCUAAAGCUUCAUGCAAAAUGUCAAAUAUGAUUUUAAUGUCACUCAAGUAUUUCAAGUACAAUUAACCUGCACUUUCUGCCUUACUCUCUCUGAUCUGGAUGCCUGUUUUUAAAAUAAAAUACCACUACAAAUGU